AUGUCUAAGAUCUACAUUGGUAACCUGCCCUGGAGCACCGACAACAACAAGCUCGCCGAUGCUUUUUCUGAGCACGGCCAGAUUGUUGACCACAUUGUCAUGACUGACCGUGAGACCGGCCGCUCCCGUGGCUUCGGCUUCGUCACCUUCUCUGCCGAGGAGGAGGCCCAGGCUGCCAUUGCCGCCAAGAACGACUCCGAGCUCGAUGGUCGCCGCAUCACCGUCAACAUCGCCAACCCCCGUCCCACCCAGGGCCGCUGGUAG